GGAAGGAAGCGGUCUGCCGUGGACAAAACAUCCUCGACACGUUUUCCUAUCUCCAACCAAACCCCUACCACCAGGAGGGCUUGCUGCCAGUCUCCAAAAGGGCAGUGAAUUGUCAGUUCCGAAGAGGGUAGCAAAUUUGCCAGUCCUAGAGGCGGCGGCCACACGUAAAAUGUUUUGGGCUGCGUCCUAG